AUCAUAUAAAUACAUGAUUCAGAUUUCGUUCAACUUCCAUCAUCAUUUCAUAAUCACCAAUGUAUCUCCUCAAACACCCACCUGUCACUGUUCUCUCUCCACCACAACCAAUCCCAUCACGCCACGUAUCACUCCGACAUUCUCUCCCUACUAGAUUCUCCAACAUCCUCAAUUCAUGUCCAAACCUCGUACUUCAACCUCAACACACGACCAUGACAAUUACCUCGUAUCUGUCAAAGGAACCUCGUAUAACUCGAAGUGUUGUUGCAGUGAAGUCACAGCUGAGAUAUCCUAUCAUAUCAUCUGAUGAUCAUUGGGGUGUUUGGUCUGCUAUCUUCAGCAUUGGUGCUUUUGGGAUUUGGUCGGAGAAGACUAAAAUUGGGAGCAUGGUGAGUGCUGCUUUAGUGAGCACAUUAGUCGGACUAGCUGCAAGUAAUCUUGGAAUUCUUCCACAUGAUGCACCGGCAUAUUCAAUUGUCUUGGAGUUUCUGUUACCUCUUACUAUUCCAUUGCUAUUGUUUGGAGCAAAUUUGCAACAAGUAGUUCGUUCAACUGGAAUGCUUCUGGUAGCUUUCUUACUUGGGUCAGUUGCUACUGUAAUUGGCACUCUAGUGGCAUUUCUUUUAGUGCCUAUGAGAUCUCUUGGUCCUGACAACUGGAAAAUAGCAGCAGCUCUCAUGGGAAGCUAUAUUGGUGGAUCUGUUAAUUAUGUUGCCAUUUCAGAGGCGCUUGGUUUGUCAGCAUCAGUUUUAGCCGCAGGAGUGGCAGCAGACAAUGUUAUCACUGCUCUUUAUUUUAUGGUGUUGUUUGCAUUGGCUUCUAAAAUACCUGCAGAGACUGCACCACCAACCACUGAUAAAGAAAUGCAUAUGAAGUUCGAAAAUCAGGAGAUGCCAGUGUUGCAGACAGCUACUGCAGUUGCUACAUCAUUUUUAAUAUGUAGAGCUGCAACAUACUUCACAAAAUUAUACGGUAUACAAGGAGGAACUCUUCCAGGAGUGACUGCAAUCAUCGUCGUUUUAGCCACUCUUGCACCAAAGCUGAUUAGUCCCCUUAUACCUGCUGGUCAUACUGUUGCCUUGGUCUUGAUGCAGGUAUUUUUUGUGGUGGUUGGAGCUAGUGGAAGUAUACUGAAUGUUAUCCAAACUGCCCCAAGUAUAUUCAUGUUUGCACUGGUUCAAGUAACUAUCCAUAUUCUUAUUGUUCUUGGAUUAGGCAAGUUAUUUAAGCUUGAUUUGAAGCUAUUACUUUUAGCAUCAAACGCGAAUAUUGGCGGCCCUACAACAGCUUGUGGAAUGGCUAAGGCUAAAGGCUGGGAAUCUUUAGUUGUUCCUGGAAUUCUUACUGGCAUUUUUGGUGUUUCAAUUGCAACCUUUUUAGGUAUUGGUUUUGGAUUAAUGGUUCUAAAACACUUGUAGAAAUUAUCAUUUUUGAUGUUUAGAUAUAUACACAAUACACCUUAUUGGAAGUUAUGUUUUUAACACAGUUUUAUGGUGCCUUUUGACAAAAUUUCUCAUGAACUCGAUGUAACUUUUUUUGUACUCCAUCUACUACCUCAACAAUUGCAUGAUUACGAGCUCAUGAACACUCGUUUGUAGAA